GGAUCAGAGAGAAACAACAACAAGCGUCGCAGCCUGGUAACCGUCAUAAAUCGGGGCGGGGCAGAGGCAGGGUUGUCUCUGUGCCCGGAUGGGAAGAGAUUCUAUCCACUUGCUUCUGCUCUCUACAGAGGCUGCAGGCUUCUGGGUGACAUGGGAAAGGUGCACGAGCGACAGUGACCUCGCGCCACUCACCCGGCUCACCCGAGCGCCUGCCCCUCCCCCAGCUCGCGCCGCGUGCCCCCGCUCCCCACAACAGCCAGGAGAGCGGCUCGCGCUGCGAGCGCGCACCGGAGGAGACUCGCUGAGGUGACAUGUAAUGCCUUGUCUACAACCAAAUUUAUAAGGAAUGCUUUUGGCACAGCUUGAUAAGUUACUUUUUCUGAAACAUCGAUCGCUUCUUAUAAAAUACCUAAAUGGCAGCCCAAAAAAGGAAGUCUGCAAUAGCAGAAUCUUCUGUUAAACGUCGGAAGCUAGAUAGGAACAGCAAAUCAUCAACAAAGAAAGAAAAAGAGGUGUCAGCCACGAAACAUGUCAUAAAUAAAUCCAAGCCAAAUAAAAGUGCAAUGCAGAAGAAAGCAGUGCUUAAAAUCUUGGUCAAACCUAACAGGUCAGUGGUAAAUAAAGCCAUCAAUAAUUGUGCUAGGCAGUCCUCCCAUUCUAAACUAGUGCAGAAACAUUCAAAGCAGUGUGAACUUCAAUUAAAGAAAAGAUCCAGUAAAACAGUACCUAUGAAAAAAUCAUCCCUGAAAUCAUUAAGUAGGGUAUCUACUACAAAAACACCCUCCAGAUCUUCAAAAAUAAACCAUACUACUUUCUUGAAAUCUACAAAGACUUCCUCCAAAACAGGUCCUGAAGGGAAGGACAAAUGUGCUUUACAAACCAAAGUUUCAGUUGAAAGCAAGAGACAGCAAUUAAAGUCAACUUCAGAUAUUAAAAAAAAUUCAUUGAAACCUCAAAGUAUUAGGCAAUCUGUCUUGCAGUCUGUAAAAACUUUAAAUGAAACUACACUUAGGAACAUACAUGUGGAUAUGAAAUCUGUUAAGGGAAAUUCUACAGAAGGUAAUUCUUCUACAAGUACUAGAGCUGUAAAAAUUACUGAUAAAAAUUUAGGGAUACAAGUUCAGAGUCCUAAAAAGAAUCUUGCAAAAAAGUCAACUUCUCAAGAUGCUGAACAACCAUUGAUUAAAUCUUUCGGUGACAACAAACGUGAACCUGAAUUAGGAAUGCGCAUGAUGACAAGAUCAUCAGGCACAAACACUAAAAUAGCUGUCAAAGACACACAACAGCAACCAAAAGCCACAAAAAAUAAGGAAGUGUGCCAGAAAAAGUCAGUACAAGACAUUCCUAUGCCAAGACACAUCAUUAUCGCAGAUGAGCAACUAACCAGGCGAUCACAUAGAUUGCAGCAGUUAUCAGAUACAUCAGCAAGAUCCCUUCGUAAUAGAGAAAUUAAAGAAGAAAAAGCUUCAGAAGUGCAACAGGGCACUCAAACAAAAGGAUGUAUUCAGGGUACUAGAGUUGAAACAGUUAAACCUCCUAAGCAGAAAACAGAACAGAAAAAUAAGAAAAAAUCUAAUUUUAUAAGUGGAGAUGAAGAAAUAACUGUAGGAAUAACCAGCUCUCUUCCAGAGAAAAAAUGUAAAAUGGACCAUAAAACCAAUGAUUCCAACAGUUCUCAGCAUAACCUGCAAGGCUCAAGAUUAUUUCUUGAUCAUAAAAAAGUAGAAAUGGUAAGUCCUCUUCAACCAACUUCUGUGACAAUAAAUAAGGAAAAACAACCAGUGCAUCAGAAUGUGAAAAGCAGUGUAAAAGCAAAGAGAGUUUCACAGCCACCUGUAAAUGAAAAAGAUCUAGCCAAUCAGCCUGAGAACGUUGUGAAGUCCAAACGGGUAAGCAUUCUUGAACUCUGUGAAGAAAUUGCAGGUGAAAUUGAGUCAGAUACAGUAGAGGUGAAAAGAGAUUCUCCCAACACUGAAUAUAGAAAAGGAGAAGAGAAACAUGCAGAAACACAGUUGUCUCAGACUGUAAUGCUUACUCAGAAGGAACCAAAUCAGAGCACUCAGUGCAAGCGUUUUUUCCCCAGCAAAAAAGGAAUACCUGUCAAAUGUGUUCUGAAUGGCAGAAAUAGUCCUGCAAACAAAAACUCUAAGUGGACCAAAAUUAAACUAGUGAAAGCUAAUAAUAUACAUCAAAAUAAAUUAAACUCUGCAAGUGUUCCCAAGCUGGAUUUGUUAGAAACUAAAAUUAAAGUUCCAGAAUCAAGUCAAGCAACGGGUGCAGAAAUACAGCUUUCAAAGGCCCAAGGUAAAUUGUCAGUGACAAAGCCAUGUGAGAAUAAAAGUGCAAUUCAUGUACAGGAGAAAUUGGGAGCAGUUUCUUCUGAAACAGUCAGAGCUAAAGAUGUGACACCAGAAACAAAGCAACCCACAAAAAAAGUUGCUGAAAACAGCUUGUUGGAUAAUCGGACAAAACAUGUUCCUGAGCCAACACUAGAUGAGAGUUUUAGCUUGCAUUUGGAUACAAGUCCAGAAAGCACUCCAGUGAAAAGUACUCCAGCAGCACCACAACCACCUAAGCAAGCCAAAAAGGAGAUAGAGACUGACUCUCAAGGUUCAGCUCCCAAGCAGUUGGUGCGCACUUUAUUCACAAAUCAGACAUCAGAGACUAGUGAGAAGAGGGUCCCUUUGCCAAACCAUUCAUUAGCAUCAAGGUGCAGUAGCUUCCUGUCAUCAGAGCAGCAUAUUCAAAAACUAAGAGAAGCAGGAAAAGAUGACAAACAGCUGAUCAUAGAUGCAGGACAGAAAAGAUUUGGAGCUAUUUCCUGUAAUAUUUGUGGAAUGCUUUACACGGCAUCAAAUCCAGAGGAUGAAACUCAACAUCUGCUCUUCCACAACCAAUUCAUUAGUGCUGUAAAAUAUGUGGGAUGGAAGAAAGAGAGAAUUUUGGCUGAAUAUCCUGAUGGCAAGAUAAUAAUGGUUCUUCCUGAUGAUCCAAAGUAUGCACUUAAAAAGGUUGAAGAGAUUAGAGAGAUGGUAGACAAUGACCUGGGAUUCCAACAGGCUCCACUCAUGUGCUAUUCUAGAACAAAGACGCUUCUCUUUAUUUCUAAUGAUAAAAAAGUGACUGGUUGUUUAAUUGCAGAACAUAUCCAGUCGGGCUAUAGAGUUAUAGAAGAGAAGAUUCCAGAAGUUAGUUCAGAAAAUGAGAAAAUCAUAUUUGAGCGACAAAAAGCCUGGUGCUGCUCGACUUCUCCUGAGCCUGCUCUCUGUGGGAUUAGUCGAAUCUGGGUGUUCAGUAUGAUGCGUCGGAAGAAAAUCGCUUCUCGGAUGAUAGAGUGUCUUAGGAGUAAUUUUAUAUAUGGCUCAUACUUGAGGAAAGAAGAAAUUGCUUUCUCUGAUCCCACUCCUGAUGGAAAACUCUUUGCAACGCAGUACUGUGGCACUGGCCAGUUCCUGGUAUAUAACUUUCUCAAUGGACAGUAUCAUACUUAGUGGAAUUUCUUCAGCAACAAGUAUUGGGAGACUUCUGCUAAUAAGUACUGAUUGAGUUCAGACCUUGACCAGGAGCUAGGGCCAUAUAUAUAUAUAUAUAUAUAUUUUAUUAUUAUUACAACGAACUCAGGAUUGGUAACAAAGUUGUACUAUUUUAUUAAAAUUGUAAAUUGUGCAGUAAUAGUCUAACUCUGUUUUUUAAAGAAGAUAUUUUGUUAUCUUUUACAGAAGUUUAUGAUGUAUUUUUAUCUCUAGUCAUGUUUACAUGCAGCAGAUAUUGUUCAUAGUGGACUGUAAACUAAUGCAAGGACUAUGGUCUUACUGAGUACAUACUGAAGUUCUUAAUGUGGUGAUAUACCAGUGUUGCUUGGCACUGUAAUCUUUAGUACUUUACCAGUUUUAGAUGUUUAGUAAGGUAUAUAAAAGAUCAUUUAUCAAAAUUUAAAACUUUGCUCAAUUGAACUUAAAUAACAAAUAUUACAGUGCACUAUUUAUAGGUGAUAGACUUGACAUUAAUUACAUGGAGGUUCUACUAUGCAUUAAUAUGAAUAACAAAGAUGAAAUUAACCUGAUUUCUCAAUUAUAUGAAGAAUAAGGAAGUUACACAUUUUGCAAAGGGGAUAUUUAGCAGUAGUCUGUGAAAGAUGAAUUUGCAAAAUACAAACAGGUAUAUGCUUCACCUCUUUUUUCAGAAAUGCUGAACUGGGUAUAUGCCUUUAUUAGUGAACUUCACUUGUAGCUCCUUCAUAAAGCCCUCCACUUUGAAAGGGUUUAUAUGGUGAAAAACUGCUGUGGCCUUUCUCUAUCUGUAUAUAAUGUAGAUUAAAAAAUAAAGUACUUGAUAGCAUCACUUAAGAAAAAAAAAAAGCUAACAGAGGAAAAAAAGUAGUCUUUGGUGU